GCACUCGAUCAAUAUCGUCAGCUUACGUAACCUCGUGGACGCAGCCACAGUCGUCGGCCAUCGUGCACGAGAGACGGACCCGAGUUGAUUUGUCACAAGUUCAUUGCAGAAAGUAUUUCCACGGAACGCAAAGAUGUCUGGAGAACCACCUGCUCCAGUGUCUCGUCCCAUGAAGUUCCCGUAUACCGUUUCGGCAAAGAUUGCACAAUUUCCAUACAAGUUCUAUUGGAAGUACUGUUGGCAAUUCAGAUUCUACUAUUAUGGCGUUGUCGCCAGCCUACCCAUAAUCUACCAAAUUCACAAACUCGCUAACAGUCCAGGAAACAAAGCUGCAUACGCAGAGAUGAGAAGGAAGGAAGCAGCUGAACAUCACCACUAGAAUUUUCAUUCAACUAUUGCUUAGAAGAAUCGCGAAUUAAAUUUUAGAUAUGAUCUUUUUGUUGUGAAAUUUCUGAUGUUCCGCAAUACCUCUUAUAAACAAGGUGUAGUCGUCGACAAAUAAACAUCGCGCCGUAAACUCA